AUGGAUGAAACAAUGAUAAUGGAAGUUCAAAUUAUCUCAAAAGAGAGCAUCAAACCAUCUUCCCCUACACCAAAUCACCUCCGGACCUUCAAGCUUUCUCUCUUGGAUCAGCUCAUUCCUGCUCCUUAUGCUCCUAUUGUCCUCUUCUAUCCCAAUUAUGAUGGUGCCAACCAUCUUGAGGUAUCCCAAAGACUUGCAGUGCUAAAGCAAUCAUUAUCAGAAACUUUAACUCGCUUUUACCCACUCGCCGGAACGAUCAAGGACGACCUUUCCAUUGAUUGUUGUGACGAAGGAGCUUAUUACGCCACCGCGCAGGUCAAUUGUGAUCUCUCCCAUUUUCUCAACAAACCAGAACUUCAGUUGAUCCACAAAUUCCUUCCCUGUGAAGCCAAUUUCCAGGGGUCAACUGCAGGAACUCGUGUGACUAAUAUUCAAGUAAACGUGUUUGGAUGUGGUGGAAUCACCAUUGGUAUAUGCAUUUCCCACAAAAUAGUUGAUGGAGAUGGACUUAGCACUUUCCUGAAAGGAUGGGCUGGCACAGCUUGUGGGUCUGAAGUUGUAUAUCCCCAUAUUAUGGCAACUUCUCUCUUCCCCACAAAUGAUUUAUGGCUGAGAGACUCAUCAAUUGUUAUGUGGGGUUCUUUGUUCAAAAUGGGCAAGUGUAUUACUAGGAGAUUUGUAUUUGAUGCCUCAGCAGUAGCCACCCUCAAGGCCAAAGCAACAAGCUCAAGUGUGCCAAACCCCACUCGUGUCGAGGCGGUCUCAGCGUUCAUAUGGAAAUACGUCAUGGCUGCCGCAAAAGAAAAAUCUGGUACCAAAAGACCUUCUUUGCUGACUCACUUGGUGAACUUGCGAAAAAGAAUGGCGCCAACUUUGUUUGAAAACUCACUUGGCAGCCUCAUUUGGAUAGCAAGCUCAAAAUGCAUGGCUAAAUGUGACGUGGGAUUGCAGGCCUUGGUGGAUCAGGUAAGGCAAGGUAUAUCAAAAAUCAACGGUGACUUUGUUAAAAAACUGCGAAGCAACGAAGGGUCUACAGUUAUGAGCAAAUCUCUCAAAGAUAUGGGAGAUUUUGGCUCGAAAGAAGGAGUGGAUUUCUUUGGAUUUACCAGUUGGUGUAACUUCGGUUUCUAUGAAGCAGAUUUUGGGUGGGGAAAGCCUAUAUGGGUCAGUUGUACUGGUUCAGGUGGUUUAGGUAGUGCAGUGUACAUGAAUCUGAUAGUUAUGCUGGAAACAGUAUCUGGGAAUGGAAUAGAAGCAUGGGUGACCUUAGAUGAACAAGAAAUGGAGAUAUUAGGAAGUAAUCAAGAGCUUCUGGGAUUGGCUUCAUUGGAUCCAAGCCCUCUACAGCUUCUUGGUAACUCUGCUAUUUGA